AUGGUCGGCCACGAUGACCUCUAUACCAAUACAGAGGCGCCGAGCUUCUUCUGGCGCGCGGCCUCGUACCAGACUUUGCUAGCUGUCAACGCGUUCUCGCGGUUCUUCAUCUAUGGCCUCAACAAGACCGAAGUCAAUGGCCUGCCACGAUUCCUCGACCUCCUCAAGUCACGGUCCGACUAUAAGGCGCGUCGACGAGGGUUAGUCACCGUGUCAAACCACAUUUCCGUCAUGGACGAUCCGCUGAUAUGGGGCGUCCUCCCAUUAUCCUUCGCCGCGUUUCACGGGUACAUGAACCACCGAUGGUCGUUUGGGUCUCACGACAUCUGCUUCAAGAACAGUGCCCUCUCACACUUCUUCACACUCGGUCAAGUCCUGCCCAUGCACCGAGCCUACCAUUCCCCCUACGGUGGUCCCUUCCAAGCAACCAUGACCGAGGGCGUGCGCUUGUUGUCUAAGAUCAACACGGACAAUAUCGCGCUGUGUCCGCUCAACAACCCGCGUUUCCACAAGUCGUACCAUACACCGAGCUGGCCUGGCGACUGUGUUGAUCCGUUCUCCGACAUGACUCCCGCGCCGGCAUACCCGUCCCAGCCAAGCGACGUAAGAUGGUAUCACGCGCCGUCGCGGUACGCCAGCAAUGCAUAUAGCUGGAUCCACAUAUUCCCCGAGGGCAUGAUCCAUCAAGCCGAGGACAAGACGAUGCGGUACUUCAAAUGGGGCGUCGCUCGACUGAUACUCGAGCCGGUAGAGUGUCCGGACGUGGUCCCCUUGUUCAUCGAGGGGACCGACCAAGUCAUGCACGAAUCCCGCACGUUUCCCCGUUUCCUGCCGCGCAUAGGCAAGAACAUCACCGUCACGUUCGGGAAGGAAUUGGACGUGGAAGCCCGAUUCGGCGAUCUACGUAAGCGCUGGCGUGAGUUGGCGGAUCGAGACGCCAAAGACAGAGGCCUUCCAGGCUGGGACGAACUCCUGCUGGGUAUUGUUCCCGAGAGUCUGACCAACGACCCUGAAGCAGUCGAACUGAGAAAAGAGUGCACCAAGCGCGUAAGGGAUGCGGUCCUCGAAGUUCGCCGGUCUCGUGGUCUACCAGACGAGGACCCCAAGUCUGGUUUGGUCGAGACGUGGUUGAGAGAGGGUCCGAAACGAGAAGGUCGCAUGGACGACGGUUCCUGGGUCAAAGAUACCUAG